UGUUUUUUCCUCUUUCUUUCUCUUCCUAGAUUAGGGAGGAAAGACGUGACACAAGUAGUCGCUGCAGCCUCUCUGCCUCGCUGGACGCUGAGCUCAGAGUUCAUUCGUUUGCUGUUGUUUGUUGGUCAUUUCCCACAUAGCAGCGUCCCAAGUGAGCCUGCUGGUAAUUGUUCAAAUACUUGGAUCAACCCUGUGUAUUUUUUUGGAUUUUUUUUCACUAAGUGCUUACAUUUUUCCAGAGUUUCCACGUCUUUAAGCAGCAGGUUUCUUCAGCUUUCCCAAUCAUUAUCUGAGGAAUACUUGGCUAUUGUGUUCUAAUCGCUUUGUUUUUCCUGCACAGAGGAUGUUGCUAUCUGUAUUUUUUCCUGUAGUUAGUAGUUCAGGUUUUAUUUGAAGUUCAGCGCUGACACGGGAGCAGGAAACGAGUUUAGUUACAACUCUCUGGACAUAUUCUUUAUAUUAUUUUUAACUGAUUUUUGCUUUGCUUACUGAGGAGGAUUAGUAGGUUUGUUUUUGUAUCUGGAUGUGAGACUUUGAGCCAUGCUGCUGCUGCUGCCACUGCUCUGCUUGCUACCUUCAGCGAAACAACAGACUCCUCCUCCUGGUCGAUGUGAUAUCCUGCAGAGGUUGGAGGUACAAACAGACUGCACUUCUUGUGCUGCUGCCAUCACUGCGAGCUGCCCCCGCGGCUUCAGCAGCACUGGCAUCACCAACUGCAGUUAUGUGGUGAACAUCGGCAGCAGGGAGCUGCAGCUGGAGGGAUGUCAGCACAUCUGUGUGAAGAACGUCAUGCAGCCAAAGUGCUGCCAACAGCACUGGGGACCGCUGUGUCUCUCCUGCCCCAGCUGGUCUGGGAAGACCUGCAACAAUAAUGGGGUCUGUCAGGAUGGAGACCUGGGCAACGGAACCUGCAUCUGUAAUGAUGGUUUCACUGGCUUUGCCUGUCAGGAGUGUAAGAAUCCAAAUGCUUAUGGAGAAAGGUGUGAUAAAGUGUGUGACUGUAAACAUGGAGUGUGUAAUAAAGGUCCUGAAGGUGAUGGAGAGUGUUUGUGUCAGCCACCAUACACUGGGAGGAACUGUGACCAAGAGAAUCGGAGGUGCAACAAUUGCAGCCCGUACUCAUACUGUAAAGGAGAGGGAGACGCCGCCGUAUGUGAAUGUUUGCCUGGAUACAGAAAGACGCCACAGAACAAAUGCGCAAGUGUUUGUUCACAGAGGGAUUGUGACGUUAAUGCCCAGUGCUCCUCUCGGGGGUUAAAGGUCAGCUGCGCAUGUAAGCCCGGCUACCUGGGCGAUGGCAAAAUCUGUAUACCUCAGAACCCUUGCUUAGAUAACAACGGGGGCUGUCCCUUGAACUCCACAGUUUGUGUCUUCAAAGGAGCCAACAAGUCCAGCUGUGCAUGUAUGUCCGGCAUGUCGCCUAUAGGUGGCAGCCCUGAGUCUGGCUGUCAGCUCGUCUCCGCCUGCUCGGUGGACACCUGUGACCCCACAGCUCGCUGUCAGACUGAACUGAAUGGCGAACCCAGAUGUGUGUGCGAAGUGGAUCAGAUCAGUGAUGGUCGGCGUUGUUAUGGUAACCUGAUGGAGCGCGUCAUGGAGCUGGACCGGAGCGGCAGCUGGAGAGGAAACUUUACUGGAGCCAUUUCCAUGUUCGAGGCAGGCUGUCCACGUCUGCUGAAUCAUAACGGACCCUUCACAGCUUUCAUCCCCCUGCUGAAAUCACCUCUGCCUGACUUAAAUCAGGAGACAUUAUGUAAAAACCACCUGAUCCUGGGUCAGUACCUCUACAAGGAUCUGACUGGUCGAGACUUCAACCUGUACGGAGGAUCCAAGCUGAGGACCAAAGAAAACAAGAGGUUCAUCUUGCUGGACAACCCCAGAAAACUGUACUCUGUCAUCCAGCAAGACCUGCCAGCAUCCAAUGGGAUCAUUCACAUCAUAGACCAGCCCAUCACACCCACCGACUCCUCCCCUCGUGAUGAACAGUUUGCUGAUUUGACAGUUGGAGAGAUUCUGACUAAGGAUGACAAGUACAACCGCUUCCUGUCUUUGGUUGAUAACUGUGGGGCGCCGCCACCGCUGCGGGGGCCAGGACCCCUCACUGUGUUCGUCCCCACCAACCAGGCUGUGGACCGAGCCCGAGAUGGCAGCAUCCUGUACAUGCUGAAUGAUGCCAAAUAUAAACUUCAGGAACUCCUCAGACACCAUGUGUUCUCCCAGGCUGCGCUGACAGUUGAUGAUCUGAGCACACUCUCUCGGAUUCAGACGAUGGCAAAUCAGAUGGUCAAAAUCGCUGCAUCUGAGGACGGCGGGAUCGUAUUGGGUGAGAAGAGCAUCCGUUUGAUGAGCACCAACAUUGUGGCAUCCAAUGGAAUCAUACAUAUGAUUGACGGGCUGCUGUACCCGCCCUCCAUCCUUCCCAUCAUGCCUCACCGCUGUGAUGUUGUUGACAGCAAGAUCACUGUGGGUCCCUGUGUUCACUGCAGUUACCUCUCUGCUACCCAGUGUCCAGAAGGCAGCACCGAGCUGGGUAGUCAUCUGAGUGACUGCGAGUACGUCACAUCUCCUCUCAGGCCAUCGCUCAGCAAAGGCUGCGCCAAAUACUGCAACACCACCAAACAGGUAGCAAAGUGUUGUAAAGGUUUCUAUGGUCCGGACUGUAAGCCCUGCAUCGGAGGAUUUCAGCAUCCAUGCUACGACAAAGGAACUUGCUCUGAUGGUAUCCAUGGUAAUGGCUCAUGUAGCUGUCAGGCAGGCUGGACGGGUAUUGCCUGCCACAUCUGCUCAGAUCCAAACAAACAUGGUGUGAACUGUGACGAAGAUUGCCGCUGUGUUCACGGAACGUGCGAUAACCGACCAGGCAGCGCUGGUGUGUGUCGGAGAGGCUCUUGUUUGGAGGGAUUCUCCGGGGACCUGUGUGACAAGACGGCCAUGCCGUGCAACGCAGACGGACUGCUGCAGCAUUGUCACAUCCACGCAUACUGUAAUCAGACAGGACUGGCUAUUACGUGUGUAUGUAAGGAUGGAUAUGAGGGUGACGGUCACUCCUGUACUGCCAUCAACCCCUGUCUGAAGAGUAACCGAGGAGACUGCGACACCAAUGCUGAAUGUGUGUAUGCGGGUCCAGGUAAUGCUUCAUGUGUGUGUGCUGCGGGCUGGACGGGUGAUGGCAGAGUGUGUGUGGAGAUCAACAACUGUCAGCUGGAGAGUCGAGGAGGCUGCAGCACCAACGCGGACUGUAACCACAUCGGACCCGGACAGAGUGACUGUGUUUGUAAAACUGGAUACAUGGGCAAUGGAAAGGUGUGUGUCCUCAUCAACCCCUGCCUAAAAAAGAACGGAGGCUGCCAUGAGCUGGCAAAGUGUGAGAAGACAGAUGGUGGAGGUCACACCUGUACCUGUCCUGACGGCUACGCUGGAGACGGAAACAUUUGCUACGGAUCAUUACUUGACGAGCUGGAGAUGAAUGUAAAGAUGUACAGCUUCUACCGGCUGACUCAGCGUUCCAGUCAUGCCUUUGAGGACCUGAACGGGAACUUAACUGUGUUGGUGCCAACUCGAGACGCUCUCAGGAACAUGAGUACAGCUGACAACUUAUUCUGGAACAGCCGACACCACCUGCCUUACUUCCUGCGAUCGGUCAUCCAAAUUGGAAAAGCAUCCAUCCUCACCCCCAACCUACCUGCGAUCAAUGGCUAUCUCCAUGUCAUAGACAAGAUUCUGGCUCCGCCUCUCUCAGACCUCCCACCUGAGCCUCCCACACUUAUGGCUUUCCUAAACUCCUCUUCCAACUUCACGCUUUUCAGAGAGUAUGUUCUGAUGUACAACCUGUCUUCAAAUCUUACUGAGUCAUUUACACUUCUGCUGCCAACAGAUGAGGCUAUAAGGCAGCAUCUUAGCAGGACUAACACCUCCAUCCUGGACUCUGAUGUGUUCAAGUACCAUGUGAUUCUUAAUGAGCUGCUCUUCCCUGACCGCUUGCCUGAUGGCACACUGAAAAGCACUCUGCUUGGAACUGAGUACCAGGUCCAGUUCCACUUGGACAACAACAACCAGACAGUUGUGAAUGACAUUCCUCUUGACGGGAGCGUCACAGUAACCCAGAAUGGAGUCAUCAUAACGCUCCCUCAGGUCCUCAAAGUCCACCGCAACAGAUGCAAUAAAAUGACCUACCUGCAGGUCGAGGGAAGAUGUACAGACUGUGAUGGACCACCCCGAUGCAUUUUCUUUCAGAAACCAAUCAAAAAACAGUUUCCAGCCAACAUGCAACCCAACUGUAGGUACAGGAAGCGGGUCGGAUCCAGGAGGAAGUCUGUGCCCGGCUGUGUCAUCAAAUGUCUCCGGACCACUAUGGAUCACUCCUGUUGCCCCGGUUACUAUGGCCACGAGUGCUUCAAAUGCCCCGGAGACGUCGGCAGCUGGUGCUCCAAUCACGGGGAGUGUCAUGAUGGUAACCAUGGCAAUGGCGAGUGCCAGUGCUACGAGGGUUUCCAUGGAACUGCGUGUGAGGACUGUGAGCCGGGGAGAUACGGAGUUAACUGCUCCUCCAAGUGUAAUUGUGCCAACGGGAAGUGUGAGGAUGGUCUGACAGGAAGUGGCAGGUGUGUGUGUUAUAAAGGCUGGAAAGGAGCCUCCUGCUCUCUAGAGAUCAAAGAUGACGCCUGUGGAGGUGUGUGUGACGAAAACGCCAACUGCAUAACAGGGCCACAGGGAACAGCUGCCGUCUGCGUGUGCACGGCUGGAUAUGAAGGAAAUGGAACCUACUGCAAAGAGCUGGAUUUGUGCAGCCGGUCUAACGGCGGAUGCUCAGAGUUUGCCGUUUGUACUAAAGUGGCAGCGGGAAUGAGGACCUGUACCUGUAAACAGGGGUACACUGGAGAUGGGGUCAUCUGCCUCGAGAUUGACGGCUGUCUGAUCAACAAUGGAGGCUGCCACAAGAAUGCGGAGUGCAUCAGAGCAGGACCCAACAUUACCUCCUGCAACUGUAAGCUGGGCUUCCAAGGAUCGGGCAGAUACUGUUUUCCUGUGAACCCCUGCAGAAAUAACAACGGUGAAUGUAGCAGGAACGCUCGAUGUGAGUACAUGGGCAUGGGUCAGAGGAACUGCACCUGCCACAGAGGCUAUAUAGGUGAUGGCAUCAAUUGCCGGGGAAGCACCAACUCUGAAGUCUCCAGUCAGAAAGAGAAUGCCUUCUUUCGUCAAAUGAUGAUGAUGUCAGGCGUUUCAGGUCUUUAUGGUGAUGGACCAUACACUGUCUUCGUCCCGGUAGAGGAAAAUAACAACAUCUCCAUUGUUAAUGUUUGGAAGCAGAACGGUCAUAUUGAGGAUCUGGUUCGUUCCCACAUCGUUUCCUGUGAGAUUCUGACUUCGAAUGACUUCAAAACCACUGAGCGUGCUGUCUCAGUAUCAGGACACACAUUGCACUUCAGCCUGAUAGGGGAUUCGAUCUUCAUCAACAACAGGUCGAGGAUCGUGAAGAGCGAUUACACCACAUUUAAUGGAAUCAUUCACCACAUCGACUUGAUGCUGACACCUUACGCUCUGGAGGAGAAACCGCAGAUUAAUCCCAAAAUGAUGAACUUAACCACAGCAGCUUCAGUUUAUGGCUACAGCAGCUUCUACCAACUCAUAGAGAUUGCAGGCCUCCUCCCUACACUCAAUAUGGCCGUCCACCAACCAUUCACCGUGUUUUGGCCCACAAACAAGGCCAUGGAGUCCUUGCCGCCUGAAAGACAGCUCUGGCUCAUCCACCCUUUACACCGGGACCGGCUGGCUGCCACCUUAAAGGCUCACAUCAUUCGCAACUCAAAGGUGACAAAUGUUGGACUGCCGACUAAAUUUUCAUCCUUCCGCACAAUGCAUGGAUCCACCAUCAAGUUCAGCUGUGACCGGAGCCUGGUGGGUUCAAUAGUAAUAAAUGAAAAUGAGGCCAAGGUAGUGGACCGCUACCUGAACUUCCAGAAUGGCGUGGCCUAUGGCAUCGACCAGCUGCUGGAACCUGCUGGCCUCGGGGCAUUCUGUGACACCAUCGAGAACAGAACCACUUACGGGCGCUGUGGAAACUGCAUCUUCACUCCGUCCUGUCCCUUCAAACACUAUGACACGGGAAAGAGGGAGGGCUGUUUGAACUCACGCUCCAGGUAUCGCUACUCAUACUUGUAUGAUGACCUGGAUCGUUUCAGCAGAUAUGGCUGUAGGAAAGUUUGUAGCUUUCCAGGCUGGGUACAGAAGUGCUGCAAAAACCACUUCGGGCGAGACUGUCAAGUUUGUUCAGGUGGUUUGGAGGCCCCUUGUGGCAAACAUGGCGACUGCAACGACGGUAAUCUCGGUACUGGAACAUGUAGAUGCCACACCGGAUUCAGAGGGGAAUCCUGCGAACUGUGUGCCGCUGGGUUCUAUGGCCCUAACUGCACAGCCUGUUCCUGCAGGAACCAGGGAAGGUGCAAUGAUGGCAUUGGAGGAUCUGGACAGUGUAUCUGCAAGCCGGGCUGGGAGGGCGAUCGCUGCCAGAACAAAAUAGGCUCAAUCCCAGAGGAGUGCCGGCAGUGCCACGCUCAGGCUGACUGUGUGCAAGGUGUUGGUUGUCUGUGUAAACCGGGAUUCCAGGGGAAUGGCACCUUCUGCACUCCAGAGCCACCUCCAGACCUUUGCUCCGAGUACAACGGCGGCUGCCAUGUGAAUGCGGACUGCAACCAGACGGGACUCGUCGUCAACUGCACCUGCCGAAGUGAUUACCAGGGAGAUGGCUACUCCUGCAGUCCCAUUAACAGAUGUACUGAAGAGCCAAAUGGUGGCUGCAGUGACUUUGCCUCCUGCAAGUUCACUGGUCCAAAUGAACGGGAGUGCGAGUGCUUGCCGGGGUAUGUAGGUAAUGGAGUCCAGUGUUUGGAGAAGAUGGUGCCCCCUGUUGACCGCUGCUUGGAAGACAAUGGAGGCUGUGACCCUGUGGCGAUCUGCAAGGACCUGCAUUACCACGAAAACCGAGCCGGAGUCUUCCACCUGCGCUCUCCAAAGGGGAGGUACCAGAUGAACUUCAGUCAGGCCGACGCCGAGUGCAAGGCUGAGGGCGCCACGUUGGCUACCGUUAAACAGAUGGGAGACGCACAGCAGCUCGGGAUGCAUCUGUGUGUGGCUGGCUGGCUGGACGGGGGGAAGGCGGGAUACCCGACCCGCUACCCCUCGGUCACGUGUGGAGACAACCACGUGGGUCUCGUAUUGUACAAAGAACCCAUGGACCAGAGCAGCAAGUAUGACGCCUACUGCUACAGGCUCAGAGAUGUCUCAUGUGCGUGCCCUCCUGAUUACGUUGGAAAUGGAGAUUUCUGUAAUGGCGUCCUGACCAGCGUCCUCGCAACGUACAGCAACAUCUCCAUCUUUUACAAGAUGUUGUUGGAGUACAGCGGCACGUCCUCGGAGGGCAGUCAACUUGUCAAGUUUCUUUCUCACAGGAAGGCUGAAGUCACGCUGUUUGUCCCUCAUAACACCGGCUUUGCUCCAAAUCAGUCUUUGUCUGGAAGAGACCUGGAGUAUCACAUCUCAGCCAAUCAGAGCAGAUGGCCAUUUAAGGAGCUGAAUCAUCAGACGGUCAUCACAUCGAGGCUCGGGUUCAACCUGACUGUUACUCAGGGCAACAAUGAGAGCUCUAAACUAGUGAAUGAGAGGUUGCUGCUGGAGUGGGACAUUCCUGCCAUAAACGGGAUCAUCCACAUCAUCGAGGCCCCGCUGACAGCACCUCCCCCACCGAGCUACCAUGACACUUCCCGAGGCCACACCCACUCAAGCACAACAGUGACGGCCAUCUUGGUGACGUUGAUGUUGGUGUGUGCACUGGCUGCACUCGGCUGCUAUGUCUUCAAACACAAGACUGAUGCCUUCCGCUUCCACUACUUCAGAAAUGAGGAUGAGGAUGGUGCAACAGGAGGUAGGCCCAAACCCACACUGGUCUCCAUCCCCAACCCUCUCUAUGUCAGCUCUAGAGCCUUAGCUGAGCCAUUUGAGGACACCAAUCAGGAGGUGGAGCCAGAAGAACCGCCAAAUAUUCUCGACCUGGGCCAUUAAAACCAGCUGACCCAGUAUAACUGGAGCUGGCUGUUAACAAACCACAAUAACUCAGUGACUUCAUCUUGCUUUAGAAAUUUCCACACAGUUUAACUGUAAUCAAUUAUGGAAUAAAAGUUUACUAAACCCAAAUCCUCUCUGGGUAAAAACCUCA